GAAUGCUGGUGUAAAAAUUACUCAGUCACGAUUUCCGAAGGUUUGAAGCUCAAUUUUUUUUUUCUCUCUCUCUCUCUCUUUCCUUUUUUUCUUUUUUCUUUCUUUUCUUGUCACGGCACGAUAUACAUUCAUCUUUGGCUUCAAUGGCUGAUAUUCCUCCUAAUCAAACAUUAUAUAUACAAAACUUGAACAAUCGGAUUCAUCCAUUAGAACUUCAAGCAUCUUUGUAUAGUUUAUUCACAACCUAUGGUCAUAUUUUGGAUGUACGUGCCUUGUCUACAGAAAAGUUACGUGAACAAGCAUUUGUUGCAUUUGUCGAUGUAGCUGCUGCUACCACUGCCAUGCGAAGUUUAGAUGGAUUUGUAUUUUAUGGCAAACCUAUGAAAAUCCAAUAUGCAAAGAAUAAAUCAGAUGCUGUGGCUUUAUUGGACGGUACUUUCAAGUUAAGGACAAAAAAGCCAACAUCAACAACUUUAGGUAAACGGGAUAACGAGACAACGGAUCAACAACAAUCAAAACAAGCAAAGAUGGACGAUUCUGAAAAUGACGAUGAUAGUGAUUAGAGGACCAUUACAAUAGUACUUUUGCUUUUGGUUCUAUACUGUUGAUUUCGGCACCUGCACAUUCAUAUAUACACUUCUCAUAAGACAACUUUUUUUAUACAACAUAUAUACGCUCACACACGCACUCUCAUGAUCUCUUUGUAUACAUAUUACUUUUUUAUUUCUUCCCUUUAUUUUGUUUGUCAUUGGAUGUUUUUUUUUUAUAUAUCUGAAUAAACUAUUACAACAUUUUGAUAUUAUGCCAUCACAA